GCUAGCCGUCCCCUGGAACCGCUCGCCCGGGCUGUUGCCGGAGCGGCCCCGGCCGAAGCACCACCCGCCCGGCCGGGAGCGGUUCCGGGUCGCGGAGGCGGGGUCUGCGGCGGCGGGGAGCGGCGGCGACAUGCGGUUCCGCUUCUGCGGAGACCUGGACUGUCCUGACUGGGUCCUGGCCGAGAUCAGCACCCUGGCCAAAAUCGUGCUGCGGGACCUGCUGGGGGAGGCCAUGGAGUAUGAGAAGAUCCUGAAGCUGACCUCGGAUGCCAGGCUGGAGUCGGGGGAUGUGAAGGCCACCAUCGCUGUCCUUGGCUUCAUCCUCUCCAGCGCCGCCAAGCACAAUGUGGAUGGCGAGUCCCUGUCAAGCGAGCUGCAGCAGCUGGGGCUGCCCAAAGAGCAUGCCGGCGGGUUGUGCCGGUCCUACGAGGAGAAGCAGAGCUCCCUCCAGGACAGGCUGAGGGCUUGCAGCCUGCGACUGAGCCAGCUGGGCUCGGUGGGCUGGCGGGUGGAUUACACCCUCAGCUCCAGUGAGAUGCAGGAGGUCAACGAGCCCCUCGUGCACCUGAGCUUCCACCUGCGGGACGGGGAGCGCGGCGGGACGGCGGCCGUCCCCGUGGCCCUCUCAGCCAACAAGUUCAGGGUGCUGCUGGCAGAGCUGAAGCAGGCCCAGGCCAUGAUGAACACCCUUCUCUGAGGUGCCAGCAGAAGGAGCAAUGGCGGUGCAGGACCCAGUGGGCCCGAGCGUGCCCUGGCGCUGCCUGACUGGGGAGGGAGAAGCCGGGGGCAGCC